AUGCGGGGCUGGGGGCCCCCGGGCCGCGGCGCGGCCUCGCCCAGCGCCCCUGCUUCUCCGGCCGGCCGCUACCCCGCGCCCCGAAGGGCCCCCCUCUGGACCUGCCUCCUCCUGUGCGCGGCGCUCCGGACCCUCCUGGCCAGCCCCAGCAAUGAAGUGAAUUUAUUGGAUUCACGUACUGUCAUGGGGGACCUGGGAUGGAUUGCUUUUCCAAAAAAUGGGUGGGAAGAGAUUGGCGAAGUGGAUGAAAACUAUGCCCCUAUCCACACCUACCAAGUGUGCAAAGUCAUGGAGCAGAACCAGAAUAACUGGCUUCUGACCAGCUGGAUCUCUAACGAAGGCGCCUCCCGGAUCUUCAUAGAGCUCAAGUUCACGCUGCGGGACUGCAACAGCCUUCCCGGGGGGCUGGGGACCUGCAAGGAGACCUUCAACAUGUACUACUUCGAGUCGGACGACGAGCACGGGAGGAACGUCAAGGAGAACCAGUACAUCAAAAUCGACACCAUCGCCGCCGACGAGAGCUUCACGGAACUCGAUCUCGGGGACCGGGUCAUGAAGCUGAACACGGAGGUCCGGGACGUGGGGCCGCUGAGCAAAGCGGGCUUUUACCUCGCCUUCCAGGACCUGGGCGCCUGCAUCGCGCUGGUCUCCGUGCGCGUCUACUACAAGCGGUGCCCCUCGGUGGUGCGGCACCUGGCCGUCUUCCCCGACACCAUCACCGGGGCCGACUCCUCGCAGCUGCUGGAAGUGGCGGGCUCUUGCGUCAACCACUCGGUGACCGAGGAGCCACCCAAAAUGCACUGCAGCGCCGAAGGGGAGUGGCUGGUGCCCAUCGGGAAAUGCAUGUGCAAGGCUGGCUACGAGGAGAAGAACGGCACCUGCCAAGUGUGCAGACCUGGGUUCUUCAAAGCCUCACCUCACAGCCAGAGCUGCAGCAAAUGUCCACCUCACAGUUACACCCAGGAGGAAGCUUCAACCUCUUGUGUCUGUGAAAAGGAUUAUUUCAGGAGGGAGUCUGAUCCACCCACAAUGGCAUGCACAAGACCCCCCUCAGCUCCUCGGAAUGCCAUCUCAAAUGUUAAUGAAACUAGUGUCUUUCUGGAAUGGAUUCCUCCUGCUGACACUGGUGGAAGGAAAGAUGUGUCAUAUUAUAUUGCAUGCAAGAAGUGCAACUCCCAUGCAGGUGUGUGUGACGAGUGUGGAGGUCAUGUCAGGUACCUCCCCCAGCAAAUCGGCCUGAAAAACACCUCUGUCAUGAUGGUGGAUCUGCUUGCUCACACAAACUAUACCUUUGAGAUUGAGGCAGUGAAUGGAGUAUCCGACUUGAGCCCAGGAGCCCGGCAGUAUGUGUCUGUAAAUGUAACCACAAAUCAAGCAGCCCCCUCUCCAAUCACCAACGUAAAAAAGGGGAAGAUUGCAAAGAACAGCAUCUCUUUGUCUUGGCAAGAGCCAGAUCGGCCCAAUGGAAUCAUCCUGGAGUAUGAAAUCAAAUAUUUUGAAAAGGACCAAGAGACCAGCUACACAAUCAUCAAGUCGAAAGAGACCACUAUGACCGCAGAGGGCCUGAAACCAGCCUCGGUGUAUGUCUUCCAAAUCCGAGCACGCACCGCAGCGGGCUACGGGGUGUUCAGUCGAAGAUUUGAGUUUGAAACCAUCCCAGUGUCAGUUGCAGCCUCCAGCGAUCAAAGCCAGAUUCCUAUAAUUGCUGUGUCUGUGACAGUGGGAGUCAUUUUGUUGGCGGUGGUUAUGGGCUUCCUCCUCAGUGGAAGUUGCUGCGAAUGUGGCUGUGGAAGGGCUUCUUCCCUCUGCGCUGUUGCCCAUCCAAGCCUAAUAUGGCGGUGUGGUUACAGCAAGGCAAAACAAGACCCAGAAGAAGAAAAGAUGCAUUUUCAUAAUGGGCACAUUAAACUGCCAGGAGUAAGAACUUACAUCGAUCCACAUACCUAUGAGGAUCCCAAUCAAGCUGUCCAUGAAUUUGCCAAGGAGAUAGAAGCUUCAUGCAUCACCAUUGAAAGAGUGAUUGGAGCAGGUGAAUUUGGUGAAGUUUGUAGUGGACGUUUGAAACUUCCAGGAAAAAGAGAAUUACCUGUAGCGAUCAAAACCCUUAAAGUAGGCUACACUGAAAAGCAACGUAGAGAUUUCCUGGGUGAAGCAAGUAUCAUGGGGCAGUUUGAUCAUCCUAACAUCAUCCACUUAGAAGGUGUAGUGACCAAAAGUAAACCAGUGAUGAUAGUGACAGAGUAUAUGGAAAAUGGCUCUUUAGAUACAUUUUUAAAGAAAAAUGAUGGGCAAUUCACUGUGAUCCAGCUGGUUGGCAUGCUGAGAGGCAUCGCUGCUGGAAUGAAGUACCUCUCUGAUAUGGGCUACGUGCAUAGAGACCUCGCUGCGAGAAACAUCUUAAUCAACAGUAACCUUGUGUGCAAAGUGUCUGACUUUGGACUUUCCAGAGUCCUGGAAGAUGAUCCUGAGGCAGCCUACACUACAAGGGGAGGCAAAAUCCCAAUACGAUGGACUGCCCCGGAAGCUAUAGCUUUCAGAAAGUUUACCUCUGCUAGUGAUGUCUGGAGCUAUGGAAUCGUGAUGUGGGAGGUUGUGUCUUAUGGAGAGAGACCCUAUUGGGAGAUGACCAACCAAGAUGUGAUUAAGGCCGUGGAAGAAGGCUACCGUCUGCCAAGCCCCAUGGACUGUCCCGCUGCCCUCUACCAACUCAUGCUGGACUGCUGGCAGAAAGACCGGAAUAGCAGGCCCAAGUUUGAUGAAAUAGUGAACAUGCUGGACAAGCUGAUACGUAACCCAAGUAGCUUGAAGACACUGGUUAAUGCAUCAAGCAGAGUAUCUACUUUAUUGGCAGAACAUGGCUCCCUGGGAUCUGGGGCCUACAGAUCAGUAGGUGAAUGGCUAGAAGCAAUCAAAAUGGGCCGGUACACAGAGAUUUUCAUGGAAAAUGGAUACAGUUCAAUGGACGCUGUGGCUCAGGUGACCUUGGAGGAUUUGAGACGGCUUGGAGUGACUCUUGUCGGUCACCAGAAGAAGAUCAUGAGCAGCCUUCAAGAAAUGAAGGUGCAGCUGGCCAACGGGAUGGCGCCAUUGUAA